CUCUAGAGGAGCUCUAGUUGCAGCACACCAUACAUAAGCUUGACAACAACAACUCCCUACAUUGUUUUGGCUGUUUGGAGAUGGCCAUACAAGCUGCUUUAAAGUUCUGGCAAGAUUUCAAUAUACAGGACUUCCAGCAUGAGCUGGAUGUACUGGCCCAGGAGGUGGCCAAGAGACAGGAUUCUUCAGACGAGAAUCGUAAGAAGCUAGUCGAUCUUAGCCGAGAGUUCAAGAAGACCUCUACAGAGGAGGUGAGGAAGAAGGCAGCUCCUCUGCUCAAGUCGUUUCAGGGUGAGGUGGACGCUUUAUCUAGGAGGAGCCAAGCUGCUGAGUCUGCAUUUCUGACCACCUACAAGAGAUUGAUUGACAUACCUGACCCCAUCCCAGUUCUGGACCAAGCCGUCACUCAACAGCAGAAGCUGAUGCAGUCACAGGACCACGAGAUAGAGGUGAAGCAACUGAGGGAGACGCUGCAAGAGUACAACUCUGAGUUUGCUCAUGUCAAGAACCAGGAGGUCACCAUACAGAAGCUGCGAGACACCAUCAAAGAGAUGGAGGAUCGACUCGAGGAGAUGACUGCUGUCCGAGUGAGUGAGAAGUCAGCCGAGCUUGUCAGAACAUUCCAGGAGAAGGAGAGAGAGCUCCAAGAGACCACCCAGAAGGCCAUGCAGAGAGCUAGUGAGUCUGACGUGAGACUGUCCACCAUGCAGGCGGCGCUUGAGUCGACACAGUCCGAGCUGUUUGAACUGAAGAGUAAGUUCGAUGAAGAGUCGUCUGCAAGGUCUGCUGAGCUGGAUAUCUUAAUGACUGAUCUGGAGCGAGCCAAUCAGAGAGCAGCGUCAGCCGAGAAGCAAAUUGAGACCCUUUCUCAGAACACCUCCAGUCAAGUAACCUCUGCACCCGACAAGGUCUCCUCAGAUAAUGUUGAGCUGGAGCUAGAGCUACAAGCAAGAGACAAAGAGAUCUCUCGGCUGGUUGAAGAUGUCCAACGUCUCCAGUCCUCUCUCUCUCGUCUGAAGGAGGCCUCGGCUGGUCAGGUGACAUCACUCGAGGAGCAGCUGGCAGGCAAGACCUCGACACUGAGAGAGCUUGAGACACGACUGGCAGCACAGAGUGACUACGAGGAGAUGAAGAGAGAGCUUAGUGUGAUCAAGAUGAUAGAGUUCUCGAGCAGUGCUGGCCAGAAUGACCUUGUAACUGAGAAGGUGACUCCCUCCAAACCUCUCGAGGUGCUGCUUCUAGAGAAAAACAGAUCUCUACAGAAUGAAAACACUUCACUCAAAGUAGAACUGUCGGAACUUCGAGGCCACUUUAGCUCCCUCCAGACACAGCACACGGAGACGUUGGGCACAGCUCAGGAGCAAAGAGACCUCAUUGCUCAACUAGAGACUGACCUCAGUCUUGUGCAGCCCUACCUUCCGACACGAGAGGAGGGGGAGGGGCAGGCCAGUAACCCGGCUAACCUGCUCUCUGAGGCACUCAAGGAUGUACAGGCAAGGGGUGGUGUGGAGCGUAGUAUCUCAGUGGGGGGCAGCUCUGUGGGGGGUAGUGGGAUGGACUCCCUCCUCCCGAUAGUAUCCAGUCAGAGGGAGCGGUUUAAACAGAGGAACGUUGAGUUGGAGGCAGAGUGUCGUCAGCAGAAGCAGACGUUGGGCGUGCUCCAGAGGGAAAUAGACUCUCUGAGAGGAGACAAUGUGAAGCUCUACGAGAAGAUCAGAUUCCUACAGAGCUACCCUGGAACUCGUAAGACGGUUGACAGUGUGGAGGCCAUGAGCAAGUACUCGUCUCAGUACGAGGCUGGACUCGACCCCUUUGCUGCGUUCGGGGCUAAGGAGAAACAGAGGAGGUACACUCAACUCAGCGGACCAGACAAAGCCACUCUAGUUCUGGGUCGGUUCAUCCUCUCCAACAAGACUGCUCGAAUGAUUGCCUUCGUCUACGCAAUCGUUCUACAUCUUCUUGUUUUUGUGGUGGUAGCUAAACUAGCGUACACACAGACCGCCGAGGGAGGCACCUACUUACAGUGUUCCAAAUUGUUCUCUGAGCACAUGCAGAUGUUUCACCCUGAUCAUAAUCACGAGAUACUGGAGAAUAUUGGCCUCGGUCACGGUCCACCUGGAGGAUAACACCAAACACUCGCUAACUCAUUACUAUCUACGUAUCUUCUUGCUGUAUAUCAUCUCAUCAUGACUAAUUUGUGUGAAAUAUUUUGUCUUUCUAAUAAUAAUAAUGAUCACGAAUAAAUUGAAA